AUGCUUGAGAUACCAGAUUUCCCUAUUCCACCUGGCCAGGCCAUCAUGGUCAAGGUUAUCAAUGCCGUGAAUUUUGGACCUGCACAGCUAAACAGGUUCAUGGCUCCUCCUGUGCCUGGGAUGGAAACACAUCCAAGCAAUCCGUCAUUCUCAUUUCUGCUGGAGCAUUCAUCUGGCCGAAAGCUUGUUUUUGAUCUUGGUAUUCGAAAAGACUACGAGAACUAUGCCCCAAAGAUCGCACAGUAUAUUCCCACGACCGGAUAUAACAUUGAAGUCACGAAAAAUGUGAUUGAUAUCCUUGAAGAAAGCGGAAUAAAAGGAAAAGAUAUAGAGGCAGUCAUAUGGAGCCACUGGCAUUGGGACCAUAUAGGCGAUCCAUCAACAUUUCCGACUACAACAGAUCUAGUGGUAGGACCAGGUUUUAAAGAAGCCAUGCUCCCUGGCGCGCCCACAAACCCCGACUCCCCUCUCAGCGAGACUGACUUCAGGGGAAGAAAUUUGCGAGAGAUCCAAUUUGGUGGUCCCGAUUUUUUCAAAAUUGGUCAAUUUAAUGCAUUUGAUUACUUUGGCGACGGAUCAUUCUAUCUUCUAGAUAGUCCUGGUCACGCCAUUGGUCAUUUAUGCGGUCUUGCGAGAACAACCACCAACCCAGACACGUUUGUCUUGUUGGGUGGUGAUGUCUGUCAUUAUGGUGGUAUUUUCCGGCCUUCAAAGUAUCUGCCAGUACCAGAUACAAUUCAUCCGCACCCCUGCUAUCCACAGAAAAAUAUCCCAUUUUGUCCUGGUGGGGCAUUUGAAGAACUGCAGCAAUCGCGAGGUCGGACUAUUACCGAGCCCCUCUUUACCCCAACAUUCGGCCAUGAUAUUCCACAGAUAAUCGAGACAAUCGGAAAGCUACAAGAGGCUGACUGCCAUGAUAAUAUCCUGGUGAUAAUCGCGCAUGAUGCUACUGUUAGAGAUCUCGUCGAUCAUUUACCUCUCAGUCUUAAUAAGUGGAAAGAUAAAGGAUGGGGAAAAGACGCGAAGUGGGCAUUUUUGCGCGAUGCGGAGGUCUAUUGGAAGUCCAAAGGCGUGUUAUAA